UAUAAAUGUGUGACAGGAACAGGAGCAGAAGGGAAAUUAGAGGUGAAGAUGGCUUUAGCAAGCGGUCACUGGGUGGAGAAAGAAACCAGGGGAGAACCUCCAAGUCCCAGACAUGGUCAUGCUUUAGCUGUGGCUGGAAGCGUGGCGUUCCUGUUUGGAGGCGCAUGCAGCAUCAGCCCAGAGGUCAGUCCUUUUUACUUAUCCGACUUCUACAUGCUAACAGUUACUCCUGAUGGCGUGAAUUGGGAGGAGAUUCCUCAGAGCGGAGAAGUGCCAUCUGCUAGAGAAGGACACACACUCUGCGUCAUCAAAGGGAAGCUUUAUCUGUUUGGAGGAGCCUCCAGUCCUGAUGCCUCUGAAUGUCUCUCAGGUGUCUACAGCUUUGAUGUUGUGUCUCUGACCUGGGAAUGCCUAUCAGCUAGCGGCGUUGCUCCCAGAGUUCUCCGACACAGCUCUGCUGCUGCUGGAGACAACAUCUACGUGUACGGAGGCGUCCUGAAGGGGGAUCCCACUGAUGACCUCCUGGUCUUCAACACAGUGUCUCUCACCUGGACACCAGUUAAAACCAGUGGAUUCCUUCCUCCUGCUCUAUGGGGUCAGAGCUUUACUCAGGCUGGAGAUCAGAUCUUCAUGUUUGGAGGUUAUGGAGCAGGAGGGGAUUUCUGUAAAGACCUUUAUGUUCUUAACACAGAGAAGCUGCAGUGGCAGAGAUGGGAGGUGAAGGGAGAAUCUCCUGCAGCCUGCAGCGGACAGACACUGACUGCACACCAUGACAAGGACAUCUAUCUGUUUGGAGGAAACAUCUCAAAUAAAGAUGCCACAGAUACAUCGUCCAAUGAAAUCCAUAAACUCAGCAUUGCAAAGAUGAAGUGGAAGGUCCCGUUGUAUGUUGGGAUACCUCCAGCCCGUCGACACGGCCACACCGCCUUCAUUCUUCACAGUCACCUGUAUGUAUUUGGAGGGAAGAAUGAAGAGCAGGACUUUAAUGACUUAAAGGUGAUGAAGCUCAUCAAUCCCUCCGAGAGACAGCCAGUGAUGAAGGAGAUUCUGUCAGAGUUUGGUCUCCAUGGUGUCAGCCACAGCUUCACUCACACAAAGGUUCCCAACGUUCGCUAUGAGCUGAGUGAUACAGCUCCAUCCAUCCAGCCCAGAACAACAGCAGCAGCUAAUGUACAGUUGUGUGUCCACAGAGACUUCAGUGCAGUUCGGGAUCAGGCCACGAAAAUGAUCCAGACGGCCUUUACUCUGUUGGACCAGGAGUUUCAGAAACUAGAUCGAGAGAAGUUAGAAGUUUCUAAAGCUGCUGCAGGUCUGCAAAGAGACAAGGAAGCUCACGAAGCACUCAGACAACAUCAACAACAGGAGCUAAAGGAGAUGCUGGAGAGACAUCGCUCUCAGAACGAUGUGUGGCUCCGUGCGAGAGCUGAGGAAAAUGACCAGGAGAGGAGGGAGCUCUGCAGACUCCGAGAGGAGGUGCUGCAGGACCAGGAGAGGCUGAAGGAGGAGCAGAGCAGCAUCCAGAAACGCGGCGAACAUCUUUUGUCCAUCAUGCAACAGUUCAAAGGAAUGUAGAAAGGACUCAGCUAUUUAUCAUCAGGUUUUAGCCAAAGCUCAUCAAAAAGGGAAACUAAUCUAAAGGGCAGUUGUUUCUUUCAAUAAACACUUUGGAAUUUUUCUGAAGUUGGUUUAAAAACACAGUUGCAAAAAAUCUCAGCCUGUUUAAGUUUUAACUGAUUUAUGUGAAGCAGCUUUCUUAGUAGCAGAUCUGAACCAUAAAGACAUCAUGUAGAAAACAGUAAAAUAGCUCAGUGACAGUCGGAACAUGAUUGAAAUAUUCAUUCAGUCAUUUUCUACCGCUUAUUCCAUAGUGGGUCGCGGGGCAGCUGGUUCCUAUCUCCAACAGUCUAUGGGCAGGAGGGGGGGUACACCCUGGACUGGUUGCCAGUCCAUCACAGG